UCACUUUCUUCUUCUAUGACCUUUCUCCACAAAGGUAUGUCGACCUCUUUGUUCUCCGUUUCGCCAAGGCCGACUUCUUUGUUCUCCGUUUCACCAAGGCCGACCAGCUUCGCAAUGGUCCCAAGGCUUCUCCAAUCAUCGACAUUUUCUUAUUCACCAUUCUCCAGCAAGGUUAACUUGUCAACUCCCCAUCAUGAAUGGCCCAAGGAAUACAUCAUACCAUAUGAUAUUUGCUUUCGUGGAAGAAGGAAUCGUGGUUCGAUGGGAGCUCCUUUGCAGGGAGAAAACAAGGAAAGUAGAAUUCAUGAGAUUAAGAAGAAAAGCACAAAUGGGUCGGUGUUGAGACCUGGUAUGGUUCUCUUGAAAGAAUUCCUAAGUCAUGAUGAACAGGUCGAAAUAGUGAGAGUUUGUCGUGAACUUGGCGUUGGUCUUGGAGGAUUCUAUCAACCACUAAAUCGAAAUGGAACUCUAAUGCAAUUGAGGAUGAUGUGUCUUGGUAGGAAUUGGAAUCCUGUGACCCAUAAAUAUGGAAAGAUGCGACGAUUCGAUCGUACCAUUCCACCUAGUAUUCCCAAUAACUUCAGUGAACUGGUUACUAGAGCAAUCCAAGAAGCUCAGUCUCUGAUUAAAAAGACAUACAGAGCAUGUAAUGAGAAGGAAGUUCUUCCCUCUAUGACUCCUGAUAUUUGCAUAGUCAAUUUUUAUACAAAUGAUGGAAAGCUUGGUCUUCAUCAAGAUCGUGAUGAAAGCAAAGAAAGUCUUAGAAAAGGGUUGCCUGUUGUGUCCUUCUCUGUUGGUAAUUCUGCAUACUUUCUUUAUGGGGAUGAGAGAAAUCCAAAGAAGGCAACGAGUGUAGCUCUAGAUUCUGGAGAUGUGCUGAUAUUUGGUGGUGAAUCACGACUUGUUUUUCAUGGCGUGUCAACAAUUUUCCCAAAUUCAGCUCCAAAGGAAUUGAUGAAAGAUUCUCGUCUUUCUCCUGGUCGGCUCAAUCUUACAUUCAGACAAUUUUAAUGUUACAGUGCUAGAAUGUCACUUCAUUAUUAUCAUAUAAUAGCAAUCUACAUAAAGGUACCUUUCGAAUACAAAAAUAUUUACAUUCAAGAACAAAGGUAUGUGAACGAGAGAGGUGAAACCCAUUCUUUCUUUUGACCUUAAUUCAUUUAAAUGUUAUAAUGUUAUAAUAAUUGUUUUAGAUGAGUCU